AUGGUGGUACGGUCUGUCUUGAGAUGCCUUGAGAUUGGCAUUUUUUUGCUAAUACAGUACACAGCUUUGCUAGUCGCAACGCAUGUUGGUGGUAGGUUUAUUUUUUACACCCUGUAUAUUGGGCUUGUGCAGGAGAAAACACCUCUCCUUCCUUGUGCUAUCACAUUGGACACGUCCCUGGAGAAGCAGGCCAUCAUUCUGUCCUCAACCAUUCUCGGCGGUCUUGGAGAGCAAGACCUCGUGAAGGCACACAACAAGGUCUUGAAUGCGGCCCGUGGUGAGAAGCGGCCAUCUGAAACAGCGGAAGGUGAGGGUUCUGGCAAGAAGCCCAAGGCAAAAGCCAAGGCAAAAGGUCGGGCUGCAAAGCCGGCUGUUCCACCCGCUGAAUCCAGCGCAGCUUCCACGACACUGGUGGGCAAGGGUGAACCACUCGGGGUGGGUGAGAGUGGUGAGGGUGGUGAGGGUGGUGAGAUGCCUGGUGAGCCUGAGAGAAAGAAGACCCGAGCCACAACAGACCCACAAGUGCUUCAGCAAGUUUGGGCUGAGAAGGACUGUUCAGUUCCGAAACCGACCGCUUUGAAGCAUUAA